UGAAGGUCAGUGGAAAUAUCAAAUUCCUGCUUAUGGUUGCUUAAUUUAAACGUUUUUAGAUACACUCUAAUCGCUUUAACUCUUCUACUUAUUACCAACUCAUCCAUGGCUUGGAAGUCGAGCGGUAGCACACAUACAGAACUUAUAAACAAUCUAUUCAGAAAUCGAGUAAUUUCAUCUGAGAUUGUCAAGAAUACUAUGCUUUCCGUGGAUCGUGGGUACUUUGCCAGAUCGAAUUCUUACGAAGACCGACCAUCCUCUAUCGGCUAUGCCGCGACUAUCAGUGCUCCUCAUAUGCAUGCUUAUGCUCUGGAAGCAUUAAGAGAUCAUCUUAAACCUGGUGCACAUGCUUUAGAUGUUGGAUCAGGUAGUGGAUAUUUAACGGCGUGUAUGGCUCUUAUGGUAGGCCCUACAGGUGUUGCUGUAGGCAUAGAACAUAUUGAUGAGUUGACUAAAUUUUCUCUAUCAAAUGUUGAAAAUUGGUUUAAUCAUAGCCAAAAUGCUCGAUUAUCUGGAAUUGAAUUAGGAAAACAACUUAAACUUGUUACUGGUGAUGGUCGUGAAGGAUGGCCGUCAGAUGCACCUUAUGAUGCAAUUCACGUAGGUGCAGCGGCUCCAGUUAUUCCUAAUGCACUAAAAGAACAAUUGAAAAUUGGUGGUCGUUUAAUUUGUCCUGAAGGACCAGAAGGUGGAAAUCAAGCAUUAGUUCAAAUUGAUCGUUUGCAAGAUGGUUCCUUUCAAAGAAAAUCUUUAAUGGGUGUGAUUUAUGUUCCGUUAACCGAUAAAGAUCGACAAGUUGGGCCAAGGAAAUGAACUGUCGACAACGUACCAUCGGUAAUAAAAUCACAAUUCAUGGAUUAUAUUAAAGUUGUUGCGAAAAUUAGUCCCGAGAAAUUAGGGACAGAACUAAUGAAAUCACUCGAACAUCAAAAACGAGAAAGAAAGUUCCCUCUUGACCCGGAGCGGUACGUUCAUAAUUUUCCCAGUGUUUUCAAAUUCAUUUUCAAGGCGGAACUUAGAUAGGAAAUGGAUGAUUUCUGUAGAUGUUGCUUCCUUGAUCAUCAAUGUACGAUUAACCGAGACUAUUGAUUUUGUGAGUCAACAAUUACUUGAAGAACAGAUCAGUAUUGGAAUUUCCCAAAUCAGCCUCAAAGAAUUACUUCUGAAAUGUACAAUGAACGUUCAUUUGUCUUUAAAAAUACAUAUUAUAGAUAAUUUGAUGGAAUAGCGAUGAAUCCAUCACUAGGUUCUAUCCUUGCUGAUUUAUUUCCUACGAAUCUAGAGGGCGGACCUUUCAAAGAGUCUAUUGAUGAGACUGACUUUUAUUGCUGCUACAUUGCUGAAACUCAUUAUCGUCGAUUAGAACAUCGAAAAGAAGUCUUAUAGCUACUUAACAAUGAACAUUCAGCAAUCAAAUUUACGUGUCAAGAGAAACUUGAUGACAAACUACAUUUCCUCAACACUGUGUUAUAUAGAGAAGAAAGUGGAUUUCUCGGUAGAAACGUGUAUGAGAAUUGUUCUUCAGCAAGCCAGUACACACACUUUUCGGGCCUUAUACCCAUUCAUUAUAACAGAAACCUAGUUAAAUGUCUUGAAAAUGGAGCUAGGAAGAUAUACUUAGACAACACUAUAAACAAGGAACUAGAGCUUAAUCAUAAUAUGUCGAUUAAAAUGGGUUAUCCACAAGGUUUUUUUAAAAAACACUUGCAUGUAAUAAACAGGAAAGUAGAGACAUUAACAGUUCGUAAGAAUCUUCUUUUCCUGAAACUGCAAUUCAGCGGAGAUAUAGCUGGUGAUGUGCUAUUGAUAGACUGACUAGAGCAGUGGAGAGAACGUUAUCAAUCUGUUGUGAUUCCUCAAGUUAGGGAUAAGUUACCUGGUUCUGCCACAUGUGUGUACCUACGAUUUCAGCAGCUCUUGUAGAGAAAUCUAUAUUGGACGUAUAACCGAACAAGUAAGCCAGCGAGUUAGUGAACACCUCUCUUCGUGCUUACGAAAGGGUAUCGUCAUAACCAUAUGCAGCGCUGUUCUGUCACACUUGAUCGAUAGCGCUCAUGUAGUACAUAGAAAUAGGCCAUGUAAAGUGAUUUACCAUAUCCCUACACGUUUUCUUUAUGGGGUUCGAUCUCAUCUUUUACACAUAGCAGAAGUUAUAGGAAUUCGAGCUAACAACCCAAGUCUUUGUAUUCAUAAAAAAUUCGCAACAUCUCUAUCUCUUCCUUGGCCAAAUUAGUCUUAAUAAAAGGUUUUAUUUAUUAUUUUCCAUACUCUUUGUUCAUUAACUUUUCUUUACUCCCCAACUUUUUCGAAUAUAUGCACUACUGUCCAAUUAUCUGAACAAUUCUCACUACGUAUUCUUAUAGUUUUUAUGAAAGUCACUUCAGCGAAUAUAUAUAUAUAUAUAUCAUCUAAAGGUUAAUUGCUCGCCACAAGACUUAAAGGUCCCGGGUUUUUUCCCGGAUGGAGUUUGUGGACGCGCACUGCAACGCCAGAAUUACUAUAGGCCUUUUUAGGUACUUAUAUAAUUCAUUAAUUAAGUACAGAUUUGCCCAUUAUUAUUAUUAUUCAAUAGUUGGAAAUCGAGUUUUAACCAUUUGAUCACCGCUUUGAUAAUAAAGAUUAUCUUCAACAUUUUUAGUGUUCACUACGUUUUAUGUAUUCACUAUUUACAGACAUUUUUUCGUUCAUUUAGUAGGCAAGUGCUGCUACAUUUUUAUGCUAAAAACUCUUAGAAUCUGCUUAAUAAUUAACUCAUAAUUAGGACGAAAGUGUACAGUAAUAAGCCUCAAGGAAUCACUUUAACUAAACAUAACUUAUACAUAUUAUUCAUAAGUGAAAUUGACCGAAAAAAGCAAAACCAUAUCACCAGUUAAUUUAUGGCUCUCCUUUUUACCGGAGUUCUUUUAAUUUGGAUAAUACCUUUAAACCAAAAAGUGAAAAAUUCGCCGCAUAACACACCUGAAGCCGACUAAAUUGAGACGACUAUUUCGGCUCUCUGAAAUAUUUAUAUAUUAAUAUUUGCUAGUGUCCUGUUAUCUAAGUCAAAUGGUUUAGUUGUGAAGCUUUUAUUGUUAUUCUGGGUAACAUCUUCAACGCCUACGUUAUAUAGACGUUACAUUUUCAAUUACUCGCCAAGUGUUACAUCACUUGAUUUUGAUGAUCUAUUUUGAUUGACUGUUAUACAAAGACUCGUAGCUACAACGCUACCAAUAAUUAAACCGAAGAUUUCGACACGUUUUGUCAGUGAAAAAUUCGUUAUCCUGAAGAGAGGGGAAGUUGAAAUUACUCAUAAAUCGAUUGAUAACAAUUUCAACGACAUAAAAUUUACC